AUGCAACGAGCAACGCUUCCAGUGCCGCCUGCCAGGAAUCACGGCGGCAAGCUGUCGGUGGGCCUCACCCUUCGCUUCCCUGACAUGACGAAGGAGGAGAUCGAGACGGUUGUUGCGGCCUUCCAGAAGUUCGACCUCGACGGCAACGGCCGCCUGGACAAACAGGAGUUCGCGUUGGUGAUGGAGGAGGUGAAGAAGACGAACAAGGGCAAGGGCGCCGCGGAUCGGAUGCUGAUGGACUUGCACUUUGACGCCAUGGACAAGGACCACAGCGGCGGCAUCGACAUCGAGGAGUUCAUCGCCGGCUACAACUCCCUCUUCCACGAGGAGCGCCACGAGCUUGCCCUCAAGCUCCAUGCCCAGCACCCUGAGAUGGAAGUGCAUCAGAUUGAGCGCGUGCUCAAGGCCUUUGAAAAGUUUGACAAGGACGGUGAUGGCGUGCUCGACGCAGAGGAAUUCUAUCAGCUCAAGGAGGAGCUCAUGCCCGAGGUCUCCAAGGUCCUGCUUCGCCUCCACACCGAAAAGAGAUUCUCGCACGCGGACGAUGACGGAAGUGGCGACCUGAACCGCGUCGAGCUGGUGGCGGCCUACCGCGAGAUCUUCGGCUCCCAGUCGGGAUUGAGCCCGCGGGUGGGAAACAUCCCCAUCAACGCCCAGAGCGCCUUCGAGGACUUCGCCACCUGCGACACCCUCCUUGCCACGCGGCAGAGAUUCAAUGAGCUUAAGGAGACCUGCGAAGCGGCCGAGGGAGGCGACGUGUACGAGGCUGUGCGCGGACGCAUGUUCGGACACCCACGCUGGAAGCCCUUUUUCCAACUCAUCGACAAGCUUCGUAAGCAGGUGUGA